CGUCCCAGCAUGCAGCGCGGCGGCGGCGGCGGUGGCGGCCGCCAUGUUGUGCUAGUUUGUUGUUCUCCGGCGGCGGGAGCGGGGCCCGCCGGGCGCUGAAUCCGAGCCCUUCCCGGCCCGUCGCCCGUGUCCUUCGCCGCGGCACCGGCACCCGCCGCUCCGGCGGGCGGCACCGCGGCGCUGCCGCGACCCGCCGCCGCCGCCUGGGCCGGGCGAAGAGCCAUGGCUGCCGCGCUGGGAGGAGGCGCAGAUGAUGACUUUGAUCAGUUUGAUAAGCCUGGUGCAGAAAGGUCUUGGAGAAGAAGAGCUGGAGAUGACGACUGGGACAGUGAACUCGAUGAUGACUUGCUUGGAGAGGAUUUGCUAACUGGAAAAAAGAAUCAGUCAGACUUGUCAGAUGAGGAGCUGAAUGAUGAUCUUCUGCAAAGUGACAAUGAAGAGGAACAAGAAUUUCGCUCUCCAGGUGUCACAGUGAGCCUCAAUGCCACCUCUGGCAUCCUGACAUCCUACGAGCUCUCCAAGUCCAUCAACGAUCCCUCACUGGAACACGAGUCAGAGUAUGACCAAGGGGAAGAUGAGAUUGGUUAUGACAAAUCCGAAGCACCUGAAGAAUAUGCCUCAGAGUAUGCAGAGGAGGGACAUUAUGAAGGCCACGAUCCUGAACUGACAGAAGACCAAAUAGAAUAUGGGGAAGAGCCUGGAGAAGAGGAUGAAGUGCUAGACCUUGAAAUCAAUGAACCCCUAGAUGAAUUUCCAGAUGAAGAUUACAUGCAGUCAUACAAUGAGCAAGCAAUGGAAGAGCAAGGAGAGUAUGCAGCUGAUGAGGAGCUGGAAGAAUCCCAGACAAUGGCUAAUGAAUCAGAAGAGGCAGCUAUUGGCUCCCUGGAACUUCAAGAAGAAACAAAAGAAGAGUCUGAUGAGGAGGAGGAUGAUGAUGAAGAGUCUGGACGAUUACGUUUCAAAACUGAACGGAAGGAAGGAACGAUCAUCAGGCUCUCAGAUGUGACAAGAGAAAGGAGAAACAUUCCAGAAACUUUGGAGCUUUCUGCAGAAGCCCAAGCAGCAUUACGUGAAUUUGAAGAGAGGGAGAGGCAGCUUAAGCAGGGGCGGUACGGCUCCAGGAGAGGAGGGAGAAGAGGAGGCUCGGUUAUGUGCCACGGAAUGGGAGAACAAAGGAGAGACAAUAAUGACAGGGGGAGAAUGAAGGAUCACAGGCCUGCCCUGCUGCCAAACCAGCCAUCUGCAAUGACUCACUCACAGAGGUUAAUUCCAACACACCAGCAACCUGUUAUGAGUCUGUUCCAGCAGCAACAGCAGCAGCAGCAACAACAACAGCAACAGCAGCAGCAACAACAGCAGCAGCAGCAACAGUUACAAUCUCUGCUUCCUUUACAGCAUCAGCAUCAUUCUUCUCCUCCUCCAGGGCUACAUAUGCCCCCUCAGAUAGAAACACCCCGAAUAAUGAUGACUCCCCCUCCAGUGACCCCUCAGCAACCGAAGAACAUACACAUAAAUCCACAUUUCAAGGGGACCGUAGUGACGCCUGUGCAAGUGCCCUUGCUGCCAGUUCCUGCCCAGCCAAGACCUGCUGUGGGACCCCAGAGAUUUCCUGGCCCUCCAGACUUCCAGCAGCACACGCCUGGACCAGUUCCUACCAACUUCUCCCAAGCACCGAGGCUGCCAAUCCAGGACCAGUGGAGAGGGCCACCCCCACCUCCUCCACCACUCCCUCCUCCACCUCCUCAGGACAGAGAUCCUUUCUUCAUAGCAGAUCCGAGGUUCCCGGGCCAUCCCUUGUUCGAGCAGCGCAGCCCCCCGCCGCCACCGCCUCCCCCGCUUCUGAACAGCGCCCACCCCGUUCCUGCGCAGAGCCCGAUGCCCUUCAGCCCGCCCGGGCCCGCCUUCAGCCAGCAGGGCCAGCAGCCCGUGUACCCGCGGGACCGGCCCGUGCGGCCCGGCAUGCAGCCCCAGGGCCCCGUGGGCAUCCUGCACUUCGGCCAGCCGGGCUCCGCCGCCCCGCGGCCCUUCAUCCCCCCGCGGCAGCAGUUCCUGCAGGCGCCGGGACAGCCCUUCCUGUCCCCGCACACGCAGCCCAGCAUGCAGGGUCCCAUGCAUCCUCCAUUGCAGCCUCAGCCACAACCUCAGCCUCAGCAGCACCACCACCAGCAGCAACAGCAGCACCAUCACCAGCAGCAGCAGCAGCAUCAUCAUCUCCAAGGGCCUCCACAGCCCUUGAUGCCCAUGAACCAGCCACAGUUCAGGCCUCACAUGCAAGCCACACAGCAGCAGCCAAAUAACAGCAGGAUGCAGUGUCAGCCACGACAGGGUCCAAUGAAGCCAAGACACAGUACCCCAUCCCAGAACCUUGUCAAGCGCUCGAAUCAGCAGCUGCAGUCAGCCGCUGCCAGGAACAGCAACCUGCGCGAGCUGCCCAUAGCGCCGGCCCACGCCAUGGACAUGAGCAACAGCAGGCGCAGCUCCGCCCCCGCCGCUCAGGUCAAACCCAUCACCAGCACCGUGCCUGCCACCAAGCCUGCCACUGCUGCAGGCAACUCCCAGGGAAGGCCUGAGAUGAAAGCUAAAGCGAUCACUCCAGUGGGCCAGGCAAAGUCAGAAGGAAAAUCUGAACCAGAGUAUCCAGAUGAAGAUGAAGAAACUCGAUUGUAUCGUUUGAAGAUAGAAGAGCAGAAGCGCCUGAGAGAGGAGAUCCUGAAGCAGAAGGAGCUGAGACGGCAGCAGCAGGCUGGGGCCAGGAAGAGAGAGUUGCUGGAGAGACUUGCACAGCAGCAGCAGCAGCAGCCUUGCUCCCAGCAGUCCUACAUGCAGCACGAGGAGGACUCCUCCGAGUUCCCCGCCAACGGCAGCCCCUACAUCCCCCACUCCGGCCUGCAGACCAGGCACAACGUGAAGAACAGACUCCUCGUCAGAAAGCAAGACGCGGUCGUGGCCAACAUCCACCCCAAACCCUCCGACUUCCCGCAGGCCGCGGGGGACGGGCAGUACCAGGGACAGCAGAUGAAGGCCGUGAAGCAGCUGAGGCCCACUAGAACAGUUCCUGCGGGUCAGCCUCAGGCGCCGCAGAAAGCGCUGCAGAGCAAACCCGCUGCAGCAGCGCUGCCCGCCCCACCGGCCGCCCGGGUGGCCUCCGUCCCCGCCAGGCCCCAGGAGCAGAAGCCAGGGGUGAAAAGGACUGUCAUGCAGCGGACAAACAGUGGUAGUGAUGGGCCCCAUGUCGGCAGCAAAGUCAGGGUCAUUAAGUUGUCAGGAGGGCAGGGGGGAGAGGAUGCUGGCUUUUUUCACCCAGAGGGCCAACUCCAGCGACCUCAGCAACCCCCGGAGCCAAAACAGCAGCCAGUGCGGAAGGUCACAUUGACAAAGGGAAUGCAGCAGCACCAACAGCAGCAGCAGGCACAGAUCCAUUCACCAGCUCCUCAAGGAGUCAAAAACAUCCAGGGAAUCCAUCAGCCUAAAAAGGUCAUUAUGCAUGGCAGAGGCAGAGGAGUAGCAGGCCAGAUGGGCCGAGGACGCUUGAUGCCAAAUAAACAGAACCUGCGAGUGGUGGAGUGCAAACCUCAGCCCUGUAUUGUGUCAGUUGAAGGGCUUUCUUCAUCAACUACUGAUGUCCAACUGAAAAACCUGCUGAUGUCAGUGGGACCCAUUCAGAGUUUACAGAUGCUUCCUCAACAACGGAAAGCCAUAGCAAAAUUCAAGGAGCCAGCACAUGCAUUAGCAUUUCAACAGAAAUUCCACAGGCACAUGAUAGAUCUGUCCCACAUCAACGUGGCGCUGAUUGUGGAGUGAUGUCUGCUGAGAGAAGCCCCUGCCCCAGAGUACUGUGGAGCUACAGACUCAGCGUGGGAAAUCCAUCGGGAUGGGAGCCCUGUCAGCUCAGUCUGGAACUGCUCUCUUGAGCUACAGAAAGCACCAAGGUGACCUCCAGGAGAGGUGAAUUCGAGAGGAUCUGCAAAGGUGGAAUCCCUUGUUCUGUUUCUUCACAUUCUGUUGUAACCACAUGGAGUUAUAGAAUUUUUUUUUUCGAAAUGCUUUUGAUGCAUGUAGACAUUGUUCUUCAGGAUCCUACUGUGUGACCACAGUGACUUGAGAAAGAAUGGUUACAGCGAAAGAUUUAAAAAACUUUCUCCAUAGCAAAGAAUAUUUGAUAAUGGUUGCUCUUAUCUUCAGUGCAAGGUAUUUGAACGAAAACUCAUUUUUCUAAACAAAUUAGUUGCAUUGUAUACCUGAGAGCACAGAAGGUAUUCUUCAUUAGAUUUGAACAUGGUCUGCUUUGCUGAAUAGCAGUUUGCUGAGAAGCUUUGGAGGUGACACUGGAAAUUUGUAGUUUUGAUCUUUGUAAAUAAGUCUGUCUUUGCGUUUUUCUAUUCCGACACAGACUUCCAUCUUCUCUUUUCAACUUCACUUAUUCCAUAAAACCCUGUGUAGGAGGAGUAACACCACUGUAUUUUCCCUUGGUUUUUAAAAACAAGGAUCUUUGCCCUUCAGCAGCAUCGUGGGGUAGUGAACUCCGAGUUGUAAUUAGGUUGUUUUAAAUAACUGCCAGAUGCAAGGAAAAAGAAAUAUUUGGUGGGUCACUUCAAAAAUGUUAUGCAGGAAGAGUGGUUCGUUCCUGAUAGUUCUUUUUGGGGUAGUGUUUCAUGGUUGCCUCAUGCUUUAUUUUGAUCAGGUUUUUUUCUUUGAGAUUUAUUUUGUGGUUAAUGCUGAACUGUAAGAAACCCAUAACUGAAAGGACUUGUUUUGAUGUGGUGUUCCUGAUACAUAAAGGACUAUGAGGACAUUGUGAAUUUCCUGGUGAACAUGUCAGUUACCAAAAAUGCCAUGCAGACAUUAAGGAGCUUAUAUUUUAUUCAAAGUAAAAUUCGUAAUAUUUCCUUUUGGUUAGAACCAUCCAGGUGGGGUUGCCAAAGGAACAAAUUUUUCAGUUAUUUCUGAAUAAACUUAUUAAAAUGUCAUCUUUAUAUUGGAUUCCAGUUUUUAUGAACAUUUCUGUAGUUGUUAGGCCAUGAUGUUUUGCUUCCUUCUUUGUUUUAGGAAUACUCUUAAACACUCCACCUACUUUUUGAAGAGGGGGGGGACUUACAGAAAUAUGUUUGUUACCUGGGUGACUGCAGAAAAACACUAUGGGUAUGAAACAAAAGAGCUGCAAAUGGGGUCCAAAGUAGGCAUGCCAAGCUGGAAGGGAUGAACUAAGCAAAUUUAUAGUACCUUUUUUAAUAGUAUCUUUUUUUGGGGGGUGGGGGGUGGGGUGAUUUAGUGGCACAGAUACCUAAUUGGCUUUCUUCCACUUUUGGUCCAUAUUUUCAAUUAAGUAAAAGUUACCAAAAAUAAUGAGGGAAUAAGUUCUAUCAAAGUCUUCUAGGUAGACCUGCUUUCUGUUCAUUGAAAUUAUAUAGAGUAACAUGGUGCUUAGGAAAUACUCUUGAAGUCCAUUUAAAACUUAGUGACAAGACACAGAAACAGAAUGAGAAUCUUUCAUGCAAGCGAGAUUUACACCCACCUGUAUAAUUCGUGCUUAAUGUUUAAUGACAGCCACAAUUGCUGUACAUGAAGUGCUGUUGGUGCUUCAGGGUAGAGCCAAGCCAGGACAGAGCAUGGAGCUGCAGGUAGGAAGUGCCCAGUGGGACCAAUCCCAGAGACCUGCAGAGUGAUCAGCCCCAGGCUGUUUAACUCCUCACACCAUCAGCUCUGGGACCCCUAUGCUCCCUCCUCAAGUUAUGUCACUUUUAUUCUUAAGAAAUAACUUCUUAUCCUUAAAACAAGGCAUUCAGCAGUUGCUCAUCCCCCUGUCAGGGAGCAGCUCCCUGCAGUGAGCAGGACAAGGAGACAGCUCACAGUGUCUGGGAAUCUGGGAGAGGUGCAAACACCACACAGGCCAGCAGCUGAGUUCAGCACUAGGAACAUCUGCACUUGAUCAGCUGUCCUGUCAGAAGCAAACAUUAUUGGGGUUAGAGGGUUUCUUGGAGCCUAAGAAUAUGGGUUUGAUUCAAAAGUCAAAGAAGUUUGUAGAAACGCUCCUGCUUUGGGUUUUGAAUCCAUCCCAAAGAGCCUGAGGUUCAGCCAACUUAAGUUUUAAAAAUUUUUAUUCAGUUGGGUUUUUAAUUUUUUUUUUUUUGAGACAAAUGUGUGGCUUUGGAAUAAAGGCAUGAAAUGGCCUCAUAUCUAGUUAAAUGAAGGAGUGAUGUGAGCAGUGCCUGGUUAAUGAGUAGAUGGAUCCUCUUUAACAGCAGUUGCAGGAGAUUGUUUCUUUUUGCAUAGACAGGGUAUGUGUGGAUUGCUGGGGAUUAAUUCAGCUGCUUACUGCAGUACCUGGGUACCUUCCUACAUGUAAACAUGCCAUAUGUAUGUAUGUCUAUAUUUGUUUUAUUAUACACAUACAUACAUAACUCACACCCUAUGAUGUCACCAUAUCUCUCUAAUAUCCUCAAAAACUCAGUAGCAAAAGUAGCAAUUAGGUGAGUCAUUUUUUAAAAUGUUUGUGUUCUCUUACUUCUCAAAUCCUAACUUAAAAGUGGAUCAGUUUGGAUGAUACAGCUCCUUUAGAUCCAUUUGUUGUCUCCUCCCAAAAAACCCCAAAGGAAGCAGAGCUAAAGCUAGACUGAUGUGUUCUUGAUGUGUUCUCUUCUAGCACAGAGUUAAAUCUGAGCAUUUUAAGUUAACUUUCUUGGAAGAUCUGUUGCAACCAUUAUCUUGUUCUUUCUUUGUAGUGAAUUCACAGUACGAUGCAAAAUGAAAAAAAAAGAGAAGGCAUUUAAUGUAGUAUGUAAAUAUUGACCUUUUAAAAUUAAAAUGCUACUCAAAGUGCUUACAGUCAACAACAUCUUAGCUAUUUGUUAGUUUUUUGUGUUGUCUUACCUAAAUUUAAAUUGAUAUGGUUCCAUAAAUGUUGAUGUGUUUUUGUGUAUAUCAAAUUUUUAUAAAGAUGCUAGUAAGUCAAUACAUAUAUCCUGAUCUGUGUAUUAUUUGUUCAGUUUUUAUUAGCAUAAUUUUAUAAUUAUUUAAAUAGGCAACUCCAGUAGGUGGUUAUAUGAAGUCAGCUUUUUUUUUUUUCCCAAAUUAUUUCAUUUCCAUCUUGUACCACUGGAAAAUUCACUUUAUAACUAUUACUAUUUUGCCUUGACUAAAAUAUUGAAUUACCCAUAUAAUCUGUGGUAUUUUAGUACAAUGUUCAACUUUUUUUUUUUUCUUUUUUUUAAUUAAAAAAGCCCUAAAACAACUCUGUCCUUUAACUUCUGAGGGGAAAUACAGUGCACUGUCAGACCAAGGCACGGGGUCUCUCUGGGUUUGUUCCACUGUGCUGUUUGCAGGUACAAAUCAGGUCUGUGGUGUAAUGCUGUCCUCAAAAGUUGGGGCUGUUUUGGUUUCAUUAUUUUGGGUUCACACAUAGGCCAGGUUGGUGGCACCUUGGUCACAGUGUUAUCAGUGCCACACCUUAUCAGUGCCACACCAGCCCUGUGGUGUGGUGCUGGGGAUGCUCAGGGCCCUUGCUGCAGGCAAGGGGACAGGGACAAGUCUGUAAGAUUUCCAUAGGCAGAGGGAUGCUGUCCCCAUAUCCCCAGUGUGACUUGGGGAAGCAGGAGUGGAUACAAGCAUUCCCUCUGCAUGGUAUCCUUGGAUAUUUAGUUUAUUCCCCCAGUUUAAAUCUGAAGAUUCGCUUGAGGUUUUCCAAAUUUCUGUAAAGAAGUCCUUCUAGCCUUUAAAAUGCCAAGCAGACUGAGCAUUUUAAUUUGCUAAUGUUAGGUUUCCACUACAAGGAUGAAAGUAAAACUGAAAGGUAUUUCAGAAUAACCUUGGAGGUCCUCAUAGUUUGUUUUUUUUAAUGUCAGCUGCUGGGGAUAAGCAAAAACCUUUUACUUGGUGCUAAAUUUUUUAUCUUUUUUUUUAAACAUUGUGUCUUUUAUCUGUGUGGCUUGAAAUGAUGCAGUUUCCCUGGAAGCUGCUGCAGGCACUUUUGCCCUUGCACUCAGUAACUGCGUGUCUGUUUGUGUGUGGGUGUGUCACCUUUGUAGCUGGGUGAGGGGGGGUGGGAGGCUCUGGAGUUUCUUCUUUUGAGGGUUUUUUGGCCUGUUUUCUUUUUCUUUUCUCCUUUUUUUUAUUUUGUCUGCUUGGGAGAUACCCCGGGUUUGUCCUCUGGCAUAGUAUUGUGAUGUUCUGCCCUUUGUGUAGUGCUGUGUCUGUGGUACAAGUUGUGGUACUUGAAGGUAGAAAUGUGGCUUCACCUGGUCACUGUCAAAAAGGCUUUUUUUUGUUCAGAGAGACUUAGACUUUUUUUAAUGCAUUUUUUGUGCUUUUUGUUUUUGUUUCUUUUUUUUAGCAUCAUGGUAGAUGAGAAAUUAAGUGUCAAGGAAACAAAUCCUGAACAGAUUGCAGAAAGUUAGCUGUAUUAUAAAGGUCAUUUAGGGUAACAUAGAGCUUUUGUUUCAAUGUUACCUUAAAUCAUGCCUUAUCCUCUAAUUAAUUCAUAAACAUAACACUUGAAAGUGUUUUAAAUUAGUAUCAAAUCCUAAGGAUUUUCUGUAAGGUUUUUUUGUAACCUGAUUUUUACUCAUGGAGAUAACUUACUGUCCACAUGAGCACAGGGGCUUGUGUACAAAACCAGAUUCAUAUUGGAUCCUUGCGUAUACCAACUUCUGGUGUCAUAUGGUUGGGAAGGAUCAUUUUGUUCUUGAUAACGCUGCUUUUGGCAGGGUUGGGUUUUUUAAUUUAAAACAAACAAACAAACUCCCUUUUCUACCUCUCUGCUUAUUUUGCUGGAAAGUGUGGUCCUUGUUGCACUAAAGAAAACCUUGAAGGAAAAGUUAAUCUCACGGGGUCUUUUAGGUGCCUGUGUUGCUCUCUGCUUUCUUGGUUGGAUGCACUGAUUUUUCUAACUAACUGGAAAUGGGCUUUAUAGACACACUUUUUCAACAGGUUACACUGCUUUUAUUUUAUGUAACAGCACUUGUGUUCAGUGGUUUUUACCAUCUAAAUUUUAAACAGUAUUGCAGAUUACAAAUGCUUUUGUGAAAGAACCUGUGUACAGUUCAAUGUAGCUGUAUUGCAAUGUUGUGUGUAGUCACUUGGCAGAUCACAGUUUCAAACACUGCUGUAUUGAUGUUGUGUUUGUUCAGGAUUUUCUUUGUGUGCAUCUAAUGGAUUUUAAUAUGCAUGGUAUUUUUUCCCAGUGUCUGUCAGGCUGAGUUUGGAAUCUUACAGUUUUAUUUCUAUUUUGAGAAUAACAAAACCAUUUGUUUGCAGGUUUUCUUUUUCAGAUGAUGAAACUUCUUUCAGCAGUUUAACUUCUAAUUAAUAGACAUUUUCACUUACAGAUCCAGCAGAGACCAGAUGCUAACACUUAUUUAUUCACAGCUGAUCUCCUGUACCAUUGCAUAUAAUUUUAUUUAUAAAAGAGCCCUUGGAUUAAGUCAACUCUCUUUUUUGCUGUGGUACCCUUUGCCUCUCUGCUAUGCUUUUUCUCAUUUCCAUCUCAUUUGCCUGCAUUUUUCCAUUUCCACAAGGAUAUUUGCAUCCUUGUUAUGUUCCUGCCCAUUUCAUUCUCUGUUCGCACUCGGUUUUUUUUCCUGUCUGAGUGCAUUGCAUUCAAUAUUUUACUCUGUUUUCUGUUCUUCCAGCUCUUUUGAGGGUGCCUGAACCCUAGAUGUGCUACCCUGAAAUCCACCAUCCUGUACUUUUCUUUGCAGACUUUGGUGCCUGAAGCUGAGGUUGUUUUGAUACAGGUGUCACCCCUUGGGCGAUGCUGCCCAUCCCGGAGCACUGGAGAAGCAUCACUUUAACACUUUUACUUUGCAGUUUUAUCCAUGCUGGGGAAUGUAGACAUUUCCUUUACAUGCUUGAGCAUUUAGCCAGGCUAAACAGGAUUAACAGCAUUUUAUCCUUUUCACUUUUUCAGGAGCUCUGUUCUUGAAUUCAGUGAUAGUAAUAGCACUUUUUGUUAUUGCCACGUAGAAAUACCAACACUGUCGACACGAUCCUACCUCCUAUUACUAUUACUGAAUGUGAUCCUUCCUAACCUGUAAAGUCCUAAGCAGUGUGUAUAUAUAGAUAUAUAUACAUAUAUAUCUGUAUUUGGGUGUUUUGAGAACCAUUUCAAAUGUACUGCUCUAAUCUGGAUUGCAGAGUUUGUUCAUUAGCAGUUCAGGAUAUAAAUUCAGCAGCCGACUGCACUGGGAGUGCGUCUGCCUCCUGUUUUCUACAGCAUCAUCUGCACAGGGUGUGCACUGCUGAUUGCUUGAGUGUAAUACUGGACUAUACCAAAUCCUCCACGUGCAUAAGAGAUCUUUGUCGUACCUAUUUAAGUGAAUGUAAAAAUGGAAACACAAAGAUGAUCUCAUGUACAAGUUUUUUUUUUACAUGUAAUUCCAUGUUUGAAAUGUGAACAUGUAGAUAUAUUUAUUGUACCUAAAAUAUGUCAAUAAAAACUGGUCUUUAUCA